UUUGGAAGGUCACCGGUUUGAGGCCCAUCCGGAGCAGAAUAGUCACUACUGCUUUGGGUCUAUGAACAAGGUCCCUAACCCAGCAGACUCCAGGAGUGCUGGAUAAAUGCCUGCCCUGCACUUGGACCUAAAGCUUUGCUCUCAACUGUAUAUAUAGCACUGUGCAUAAAUCUUAAGCAGUCAAAAAAUGUUUAAAUGAUCUUUAUGUUGGUGUAAAACUGAUAUGGCUGUUAAAGUGUGUCAACUUAGCUGUUUCAAAACCUUUUUUCAGGAACUGUCUGAUGUACCCAGACACACCCAACACACCUCUCAUGACCAAUCAAUACCUCACUGAAUUACUUAAGUUAAAUUAAUCAUAUGUGCUAGUGAUGAAAUUUAACGAAUACAAUGAAUGACUGGGGUGCUUCUGAGGAGAGGUUUGGGAAAUGAAGUAGUGUUCCAGCCGUCCAACCAGUAACUGAUGAACAGAAGAAAUGCCUGUUCAUUUGUGUGCAUUCAAAUAUUUUAUUUUUUAUUUUUUUCUGAGCAAAUAUACACAUCACCCAGAUAAAUAUCUUUAAGCAUUUUCUUUGGCUGCCUAAGACUUUUGCACAGUGGGUUUAUUUCAAAGGAGAAAAAGCAGGGAAGUGUGAAAACACGCUUUCCACUGCACUUGUGUAAAUGGCAAAUAAAGCAUCAUCCGGGGGCUCGAUCCCACCAACUUCGACUGUUAGCAGGGGCACCUCCCUGCAUUUAACAUUCUGCUGGGUGUUUCCGUGAAAUGCAGCUUCCUGGGUGAGGGUGAUCUCCUUGCUGCCCCCUCAUGUUUCCUCGGGACGCAGACAAGUUCUGAGAAACGGGCUCUGCAAAUAGAAGUCGUGAGAAGUGUCUCUACAAGGCCAACCACCAUCCGUGUAGCCCAGCCCUCUCCACAACGUCAACUUUUCCAAAGCCGGCUGUUGCUGUGGAAACUCGCGCACGUGGACAAGAUAAAAAAGGCCAGCGAGGCGGGUCCCCCAGCGACAGAAGCUGCUCAGGAGGUGAGGGAGGCACAGCUGAAGGGGCAGAACCAUGGACAGACAUCAGAGUAAUAUGGAGCGCUUUCUCAAACUCGGCUACGCCUACGGGGACAUCCUGCGUGUGCUGGAGAACAUGCACCACGAUGCCCAGACCAACGACAUCCUGGAGGAACUGCUGAAGACCAGCCGCUCCGCCAACCCCUCGCCCCCUGGCUCCCGCACUGGCAGCCCCCAGUUGGUACCCAGGGGGUGCGGCUCCCCUCAGCCGCACCAGGAGAAUACAGGCGGUAGCACCGGUCUCCGGCCCAUCGUCAUCGACGGGAGCAAUGUGGCCAUGAGCCAUGGCAACAAGCAGGUGUUCUCCUGCCGCGGGCUGCAGUUAGCAGUGAAGUGGUUCUGGGACAGGGGUCAUCGUGACAUCACCGUCUUUGUACCCCUGUGGAGGAAGGAGAUGCCCAAGCCAGACACUCCCAUCACAGACCAACACAUCCUCUAUGAGCUGGAGCAGCAAAACAUCCUGGUUUUCACACCAUCGCGCUGCAUCAACGGAAAGCGGGUGGUCUGCUACGACGACCGCUACAUCGUCAGGCUGGCCUUCGAUUCUGACGGCAUCAUCGUCUCCAAUGACAACUACCGCGACCUGCAGACCGAGAAGCUGCAGUGGAAGAAGUUCAUCGAGGAGAGGCUGCUGAUGUACACCUUCGCUAACGACAUGUUUAUGCCUCCCGACGAUCCUUUGGGAAGGAAUGGACCGACAUUAGACAAUUUCCUGAGAAAGAGUCCAGUGCCCUCUGAGAGCAAACGGCUGCACUGCCCCUAUGGUAAAAAGUGCACGUAUGGCAUUAAAUGUAAAUAUUACCACCCAGAGCGCUCAAACCAGUCUCAGCUAUCGGUUGCCGACGAGCUUCGGGCAAAAACUAAACCAGUUCCGGAGCUGGACCAGCCUGGUGACACGCGACCCUCCUCCCCUGGUCAGGCAGCCCCGUCAGACGUACUCUCCCUCAGGACCUCCUUGUCUGAUCAUGGACACAACGGCCAUUUUUACAGCAGCCCCCCACCCAGUAAAGCUCCCACUUGCCAGGAGGACCAUCCCUGCCGGCUCUCUCCCUCCAAGCAGCCGGACAGCCGGAGGAACUCGAGCAGCCCGGUCCACUCACGAAGGUCGCCCACUUGCCAAAGCUUUGAGAGCGACGAGGCCUUUGGCUCUCUGGAGUCGUUGGUUUCUCACCUGUACGUCCAAGAGCCGGAGAGUCAGGAGCUCCCACAACUGUACAGCCGGGGCCCCGGGAGCCCACAGCACAGCCAGUGCAGCACCAAGCACUGCUGCAGCUCGCGGAGCCAGUGCGGAGACAACCACGCGCCAGAGGGCUGUUACCACGGGUCUGCGCGCUGGCCGCAGGCCGGCCAUAACCACAGUGCAUUCAAGCACCAUCAGCACGCCCACAGCCAUUGCUCCUCGUACGGGGAGCCAGCUCGCUACACAGCACGCCGUUACACUCCGCCGCACGCCCCCUGGGGGGCUUUUUCCCUGGAUCCCAGUGCACACGCCACGGAGUCCAACACCGAGCAGAGGAGGAAUAUGGACCAGGCCAUGCAACUCUAUCCACACACGAUGAAUAUGUCCGAACUGGUUCCACUGAUCCACCGGCUUCGAACCAGUCACAGCCGCUUCUAGCCUUUCCCCUUUUCAUGUACUAUUAUUCUUAAAUAAAAACUCUUUGUGUUCA